AUGAAUAUCCAGGUUAUGGGACGGGAGUUAGGCUUGCGAGCAGACGGCAGGAGUGGUUGCGCAAGACUCGAGCGGGUCAAUAUUGACUUGUUCAUAAGACAACCUAAGCAAGCGGAUGCAGAUCUUUUGGCCUAUCUUGUGCUUGCUCGCGAUGACGCCGACCCGACCAUAUGUGGCACUGAGGGCACGGCGGCAAGCGAGGUUUUCAGCGUUGCCUUUGCAUCUGGCUCAUUAUUAAAUCAUCUAGGCUGCAGCAGCCGUCAGGAUUACCUCAUGCGGCUUGGGGCAUGGCUGGUGGCUGAUGCAGAGCUCGCAGAGCAAUUUGCAAAGCUCGUGAGGUGCGCCUCCAGCCACUGCGCCGGCACUGUGGUAUACCCGCUGGAGGACGGCGUCCAGCUCCAUGACGGAGUCUAUAACCUCACUCUCACGGUCAAGUCCUGCCUGGUGGAGGAUGCCGGGGGGUUGCUGUCCUCGGAGGGCUCUGGGGGGGCCCGGCCGGCACUGGCCGUGUCCCACAAGCUCAGCCGUCUGGAUGACCUAUCCGCCAUGCGGCAACAGGAAAUGGCGCUGACCACCAUACCCGCCAUUGUCACGGCGAUGCUGCUGGACGGGCGGGUGGUGUACCAGAACCCCCGCAGCCAGCAGUACAUGGGGAACCUGGUCAGCAGCUACACGCCCCAGCCGGGGGCCUCCCUCACGGCGCUGUCCGCCUCCACACACCCGCUCAAGCGGCUCUUCCGGUUCGACCCGGAAGCGAUGCAGGCGUUUGAGAUAGCCAUGGCGACUGAGACUCACCAUUUGGGGUCGCAUACGCAGGUACCGGAGUUCCGGCGGGUGAUCAAGGUGCCCCGGAGGAUAAAGCAGCCUCAGCACGGGUUACCCACUGCCGCCAGUGUCGCCACGGGGCCCAGCGGGGGAGCCGGGGGGCAGCACAGUCCCGGCCGACAUGGGCCCCGUGCGCGGUCGGCCGCUAACCGGGACCGCCCCGGGGGGAGCCGCUUCGUCCUCCAGGCCGGAGGUCCGGAUGGCCAGGGGAGUAUUGGGCGUGUAGGGGCCCCGGGCGCCGCGCAGGGCCCGGGGUCGCGUGGGGAGGGGCUGGAGGUUAUCGGCCAAGGGGGUCGCGGCGGCGGCCGCACCCUGGGUGGCGGCGGCGGUGGCGGAGGUAACACCAGCUUGCGAAGCGCUCGGAGCGGCUUGGUCAGCCGGGAGGGCUCCGUGACGCGGAUAUCGCCGGGCAGCAUGCGCGGGGUUCUGGGCGGCUCCAGUCGCAGAGGUGGGAUCCUCACCGGCGUUGCGUCAGCUGCUGCGGCCGGCAGGAGGAGCGGUGUGAUGAUGAUGCACGGCGGAGGAGCAGGGCAGGCAGCAGGGGCGGCGGCGGCAGCAGCGGCUGCCGCCGCAGCCGCAGGUGGCGGCGGCGGCAUGCGGCGCUCCGUACGGCGCUGUACUUCUGUAAUGAGCUUGGCAGGUCGUGUGGGCAUAGUCAGCCCAGGCGCAUCGCGGCCGGGGAGUACCGUCGCCAGCCGCCAGCCGUCGUUCCUCGGGACGACGGGUGUGGGCCCCGGGGGACUGCGUGCGGAGCCACGGCUGCUGAAACCCCCCGUUACCGCGGGACACUUGGCGGAGGUGGCGGCUACGGCAGCGGCGGUGAUCCAUCCGGUGCUCCUCAACAGUAGGGCUGACAGUCAGGGUGGAGCAGGGCCGCUGCCGCCGGCAGCGGCAGCGGCAGCGAACGCGGGCAGACCUGGCGGGGCCGUGGCGUGGACGUCUGGGCUGCCGCUGCAGGCGGCGCAACCUGGGCCUGUCAGCGGCGGCGGCGGCGGCGAAGGAGCCGUCGGCGGGGGUACGUCAUUUGAUCAGACGGCAGUGCGUGCAGCAACGGAUGAGCACUUGCGCGAUUUGCCGUCGGGGAUUCCUCUGUCGGGUCCGCAUGAGCACGUCGGGGGAACCAGCACGGGCACGAGGAGUGGCAGCGAAGACGGCACCACCUCACAUGGCACACAACAAACCAUCGGCACGGUGCAGCUAAUCUGCGUACCAGGCCGCAUCCUGGCCGCUGCCUCCGCUGAGCCGGUGUCCGUCGCCCAGGAAACGUUCUCUGGAGUUCCCGCCCCCUCUACCGCCACCGGCACGUCGCCGCAAUCCCAUCAACAAGCACACAUGCAACACCCGCACCUACAGCGCCAUCCUGAAGAGCUUCCGGGACGUCAAAGCACCGCCAGCAAAACCGACACCGAUGUCCGCGUCAGCGGUCUCUUUGCCGACGACGACAACAGCAGCCUCCGCGGGACUCUUGCCUCGCAGCGCUCCCGCUCCCUGACGCAGCUCAACCUCGACAGGGAGGCCCCCAAUGCCAAGCUGCCCCUCACUCGGUCAUUUGGUCGCAGCGCCGUCACGCAACCUGCUCACCCACAGCUCCAUUUUAGCACGGACUCGCACAGGCCGGCCGCUGACUCGGGUGCUAGCCUGGGCCUGGGUUUCGGCCUGGGGCUGGGGCUGGGUGCCGUUGUUAACGACGAAAGUGCCACAGAGCGCGCCUCCCUGGUCUCGUCUUCGCGAAGCUCCCGUGUCGGCCGUCACGGCUCGUUCAUCCUGCUGGGCGGCGGCGGCGGUGGAAGUGCCGUUGCCAUCGGCGCGCUGGCCGCCUCCGCCAGCUCCGCCUUCCGCCGCUCCGCCAGCGCUGAGCCCGUGGGCCUGGCGGCCAGCGGCUGCAGCAGCCGCAAGGGCACCGGCACCGGCAUGCUGUUCGCCAGCAGCGGCACAUCCAGUAACGCCACGUCACCGCGUACCUCGGCUCGCGUGCGUGGGGGAGCCGGCGGCCUCUUGCGGUCGCGCUCCGUUGACAACCCGUACCUGGACGCACACGCGCACACGUAUGCGGACCCCAAGCGGGAUCGGGCUCCGUCGCCGGGCCCCCUGGCGGUCAGCCUGGUGGAGGUGCAGCCCACUUUCAUGGAUGCGAACGGCCAGGAGGUGAUGGGCCCAGUGCACCAUCCGGACUCGGCGUUGGGCGGCCCUCGGCAGUACGGCUCUAAUCCCGUUGGCAUCGCCGCCUCCACCGCUGGUUCUCCCGGCAGCGGCGGUGCCACUCGCGCGCCGCUGAGCCCGGUGGCGGCGGCGCUGCGGGUGCAGGGGAGCCCCCGGGGUCCCGGCAUGUCGGGGGUUGCAGCGGUGGUGCCGCGGGAUAUGCUGGCGGCAGGGUCCCCCCCCGGCUUGGGACCCGCCGGGCCGCUGCUUGCGUGCGUCAGCAGUCUGGUUGGGUCCGGCGCUAGCGGCAGUUCCCCGGGCUUCCGCAGCAGCUGCAACCUGCUGUCGUCUAUUCAGGAGGAGGGCGGCGAGCAACGGGGCAGUCAUGAGGAGGAGCCGGCGGACAUGGAGGGGGAUCUGGUGCCGCGACCGCCUAUGGCACUGGCGUCGGAGGCGCACUGGUCGGCGGGCAGCACUAUGCGGCACCAGGUAGACAGCAGCGGUGGCGGCGGCGGCGGUGGUGGCGGUCGCAGCGCCGCCGUCAGCAGCGGCAUGCUGCUGGAAUGCGGAGAGCUGGAGGUGGCGGUGGAGCAGCAGGUGGAGGGUGUGGGCGGCUUCAACCUGCCUAGCGUCGUGCUGGCACACCUAAACAGCAGCGGCGGCGGCUUGGAUCGCCUCACACCUAGCCACAACGCGGCGAUGCCCAGCCUCAACCUUGGCUUGGCGUCAGGGUUACUCGAGACGGAAGACCUAGGGUACGGCAGCGGCGGCGGUGCCGGCGGGGCCGGAGGCAUCGGCAGCGGCGUGUUUCGGGGUUUCGGAUCCGCGCUCUCGGGCUUGUCCCGGGCGGACAGCUACCAGCUGUCCGGCUCCCUGCUCAAUGCAAAUGUCGGCGCCGAUGUGGACGUCGUUGAGCUCCUCCGCGGAGCGGCAACAACUCGCGAGGUGGAUUACGUUCAUAAUAAUGGCAGCAGGCAGGGGCAGUUGGGCGACGCUGGCUGCAUGGAUCAGCACGCGACGAUAGUGUCGGAUUUCGGCAUAUCGUCCGGUGCCACACUGGACGGCGUUGCGGGGCAGCUGCACGUGGUGGUUCAGGGCCGGGGGACGUUCACUGGUACGCCAGGUGAAGUGGAACAGUACUUGGUAAAUCCCAGCCUCAACGGCCAAGGGGAAGUGUUCCCGGGGCAGCGCGGCGGCGGUGGCGGCGGCGGCGGCGGCGGCGGUGGGGACACCGGUGAUCUACACCGGACUUGGGCUGCUGGAGAUAGCCUCGCCGUUGGCGCCGUCGGCGGCGGGGCCGCCGCUACCGUCAGGUACGGCAGCUUUACGGUGAAGCGUGCAGCGCCCUUGGCGGCGCCGUCGGUGCUCAGCAGCGCCGUCACUUGUCCGGCACCGCUGAGCACGGCAGUCGAAGAUGGUGGCGGCGGCGGCGGCGGCCCCGCCGCGGCGGCGGCCGCCACUGCUACCGUCAGUUCCCCCGCUGUUGACGUCCGCGGCGGUUCGAGCGGUACGGCAACAUGCACGGGGUCUGGUAUGAUGACGCCCAGCGGCAUGUCAGCGCGCCCGCCGCCACUACGACGGCGUAACACCAAGGACCGGUUGAUGAGCUUGCUGACGUCACUGUCCCGCGACGAAAGCGAGGACGAAGAGCCGGGCGACGAGCACGAGUGGCACGACGUGUAUGCGUGUGUGCGCUUGGAACCGUCAAGUGGGCGCGCGGUGGCGGUAAUCACGCAGACCGAGGUGACCGAACAGCACGGGGUGAUCCACGGGAUUGAGGUUCAGCGCAAACUGGAGGCUCUUUUGGAGCACGAGCACAAGGUACUGGAGUCCAUCUUUCCAAGGCACGUGAUUGAGCACAUGACGUUGCAGGCCAAGCACCGUGGAGGCGCCGCGGUGGGCGGGGCUAGCGGCGGUGUGGGGGCUGCAGCUAUGGGGAGCAACUGGGCUAACUUCCGGGGCUCAGCCAUGGAGGCGCUGGCGACCAGCCACAGCUGCGUGACGAUCCUGUUCUGCGACAUCAUUGGCUUCACGGAGAUGUGCAAGGAGGUGUCGGCCAUGGUGGUCAUGCGCUUCUUGAACACGCUGUAUAUGAAGUUCGACGAGCUCAUUGACAUUUACGGCGUCUACAAAGUGGAGACGAUAGGAGACUGCUACAUGGUGGCGGGGGGCCUGGCUAUUCUCCGCGAGGCCGCUGAGGUGGUGCUGCCCACCAGCGGGGAGCCCGUGCAGCUCAGAGUGGGCCUUCAUUCGGGUCCCGUGAUGAGCGGUAUUGUGGGUGACAAGAUGCCCCGGUUCUGCCUCUUCGGGGACACUGUCAACACCGCCAGCCGCAUGGAGAGCACAUGUCCCCCGGGCGACAUACACGUAUCCGCGGACACCCGGGCGCUGCUGCAGAACGAGGCCUGGCUGCCCACCGGGGGCGUGAUGGUGAAGGGCAAGGGGCUGCUGGAGACGCUCCCACCCCAGGAGGGGGUGGGGCCCGCACCCCCAAGACCUGCCCCCCCUCACCAGCAUCCAGUGGAAUCUGCCCCCGGAUCAACGGCGGCGACACAGCUCCACUCCACAGUCCUGGUCGGCUCGCAGGCGGAUAUCAUUGUGAUCACUGUAGCCGGGGGCUCCAUCACCGUCACGAGGGGGUGCAUCCACCCGCCUAGGGAUGUUGACGGAAUUGCAUCCUGUUUCAUGGCCAUUGUUGUGAGGCGACCGUGUGAAAGGGGUCUAUCCGGGGAGGGGUCGGGGGAAAGGGAGUGGUGGGGGUGGCCGGGCAGGGGUGGCCUUUUGAAGUCCUAG